UUGAAGCAUCCCCUCUCCCCCUCCUUUCCAUUUCCUUCUCUAUGUGAGUGUGCCUGCAUGCAUGUCUAGAUGUGUCUCUCUCUCUGCUUUUCCCUGGAAGGGCUCCAGCUGCUGCUAACGUGAGCCAAGGCGUUAAUCCCGCAGCCCAGCUGCUAAUUGGGAGAUGGGCUUGAUCAGCAUGGAUUCCCCGUUACAUCCUGCGGACCGUUAAAUUUGCUUAGACAGAAGAAGAGGAGGAGGAGAGGACCUACGUGGGCUGAGGAAGCCAUGGCUGCUGCUGCUGCCUAAAAAAGACACACAUACACACUGACACACACACAUCCAGAAGGUAAAUCUUUUCUUCGUAGAGGGAUCCAACGUUAUUGCCAUGGCUGGUGAGAAGCAGGAGCUCAAGAGAAGCAUCUCUAUCAUUCCCUGCUUUGUGUUUGUAGAGAUGGUGAUCAUGGCGGGGACCGUGGUGCUUGCCUACCACUUCGAAUACACAGACACCUUCCCGGUGCAUCUCCAAGGCUUCUUCUGCUAUGACAGUGCCUAUGCCAAGCCCUAUCCAGGUCCAGAAGACACCAGCCGAGCCCCUCCAGUCCUGGUCUACUCGCUUGUCACUGCAGUGCCAACUGUGACGAUUCUCGUUGGGGAACUGGCUGCCUUCUUCCUCCAGCCUGAACGACGUGAGGAGAAGACAAUUGUUUCUGGCGAGUGUUGCUAUUUCAACCCCCUUCUACGCCGCAUAAUCCGCUUUUUGGGCAUCUAUUCCUUUGGCCUCUUCACUACUACCAUUUUUGCCAAUGCUGGCCAAGUGGUGACCGGCAACCAGACGCCACAUUUUCUCUCCGUUUGCCGUCCCAACUACACAGCCCUGGGCUGCCAGCCCCCUCCGGGCAGCAUCUACGUGACCGACAAGGCAGCCUGCACUGGGAACCCUAUCUUGGUUGCAGCCGCACGCAAGGCCUUCCCUUCCAAGGAUGCCGCCCUCAGCGCUUAUGCCGUGGCUUACACAGUGAUGUAUGUCACCCUAGUUUUCCGGCUGAAGGGUUCCCGCCUAGCCAAGCCUUCCUUGUGCCUGUCGCUCCUAUGUCCAGCCUUCCUGGUGGGCGUCGUGCGAGUUGCCGAGUACCGAAACCACUGGUCCGAUGUGCUGGCAGGUUUUCUUACUGGUGGGGCCAUUGCCGCUUUCCUGGUGACUUGUGUGGUCAACAAUUUCCAGAGUACUCCACCAGCAACCAAGAAAGCACCCCCUCUUGAAAGUCUGCCCAGUGCUCCAGUGAUGGGCUUGCCUUGCGUUGACAGUUCCCUUGAUAAGUUAAGUGUGGCUCAGCAGGUGAGGGACCCCCCAGAAGAACAGGAGUUCUCCACGCUACUCACAAGAGGCCUGGAAAGGCAGCUAGCCCGAUCUCUCCGCCUGGCAGCUCCCGGCAGUGUGGCGAUGGCCCGCCCCUACGAAAUCACAGAGCUGUGUCCACAGAGAUCACCUGACCCCCAGCUAUGCCUCUUCCCCACCACCCCUGAUGUCCUCAUUCCCUCCCGGUCAGUCACCAGUGAAGUCUGACCAGAGGAGGCGUUCCUGGUCUUCUUGCAAUGGGAUUGGGCUUUUGUUGGGGGUGGGAACCUAAACCUCUUCUUACACUCCUAAUUUCCCACACUCUUUCUUGGACUUUCCUGGGAUCGGAAUUACUGAUUGUCAUGACAUAUUUCUGAUUCUGUGAUAAUGAAUCCGUGACAUAACUUGGGGAGGGUUGGAGACAGACAGAGAGAAAGGACGCCCCAUAGGGUGUCCGGGAGUUUACAACACUUGCAAGGGCCUAUCUUGCUAUGAGAGGCUGGUGUGAGCAUCUUCUGGGGAGUGGAUACUCUUGAGACGUCAACCAGAGCUUGGCUUCUUACUCUCUUUCUCCUUGCAGUGGCAUCUUGCUCUUCCAUGUUGAUCUAUAAGGUAUCUUUCACCACCAAAAUAUGUCUCCUCUAAUGAGAAGAAUAGGUGCUUUUUCUGAGUUAGUCAAGGUAAGGAGAUAUCAACUAGUAUUUUGUGGUGGAGCGUGAGGUUAUAGAAUCAUAGCAUGGGGUCAUAGAGUUGGAAGUCAUAGAGUUGGAAGUCAUAGAGUUGGAAGAGACCUCAUGGGCCAUCCAGUCCAACCCCAUUCUUCCAAGAAGCAAGAAAAUUGCAUUCAAAGCACCCCCGACAGAUAGUCAUCCAGCCUCUGUUUAAAAGCUUCCAAAGAAGGAGUCUCCACCACACUCCGGGGCAGAGAGUUCCACUGCUGAACAGCUCUCACAGUCAGGAAGUUCUUCCUCAUGUUCAGUUGGAAUCUCCUUUCUUGUAGUUUUAUGAUUAGAAGGGGUUGAGUGAGCGUUUUGACCUAGUUUUUUGUCCAGAUGAAAACCAGCGGCCAACAAGUUGUGAGAAAUUAGGUUGAGAAUUCAGAAUUCAGUGCUCAAAAAGACACAAAUCUUUCUGAUUCCAAGGUACAAGUCAGGAAUUGUUUAGGAACUGAGGUUUUGAGCUGCAGAGGGGAUAAAAAGGGUGGUUUUAUGAAGGUGCUCUAGUGCUCUCUAAACAAAAUAGAUUGUAGACAUCCAUGGGAAAUCAGGCAAUGAUGUCGUAUAGUCUGAGAAGGAAUGGCUACCAAUGAAUAGAAUCUAGAAAAGGAAGGGCAACCAAUGGCAAGAAUGUAAAACUAAUUUCUUGCUUGCAACCUCUUUAAAAUCAAGGGCAAGGCCAAAAAGUAUAGGGGUGAGAGUAUCUAAGAUUAUUAUGCAGACAGAUUCUUCUUACUACCUUAUUCUGAACCUCAAUCGUGUUCCUUUAUAUAAAGGAAGAGCAAAGUUGUCUAGGCACAAUCGAUGGCCUCCGAUGAAGGAAAAUUGCACCAGCAGAUACUGGGAAACCCUUUGGCUGAGACCUUAGAAAGCUAGUGCCACUGCUGGUUGGAACAGAAAAUAAUACAAUCUAGACAAGUGAGUGAUCUAACCCACCUAUUAAUAGAAAUCUUGCUUAGCCUCCUACAUUCACUUCAUAUAGUCUCUAUAUUCUUAAUCCCAGGUGAUGUGAUUGUCCAGCACUGAAGGAAAUAGGUUCUGAGCCUGCAUGUGCUCCAGAGCAAUUUUUUUGUUGACCCCCUCUAUAUAAAACGGGUUGGGAUUGUGGCUGAAACUCUGACUA